AGAGAGAAAGAGAGAUAGAACGGGAGAGAGAGACACACACACACAGAGGUUGGGGAAGAGGGAGUGGGAGGGAUAGUGAGGUAGAUGGCUGAGCAGUGUGGAGAGGCAUGCGUCUCCAAAUGUGAUUCUGUUUUAAGAGAGUUGGCAAGUAACAGGAGGACCUGGUAGUCGAUGUCGUCAGAACCCUGCGAGGUGCAUUCCUGGUCCACGGUAUUCUGCGAUGCCUUCACAUCUGAACAAAUCCCAUUUACCUUCACAGUCGAUGAGAUAUGUCCUAAUACCUCUUCCAUGACGCAGACGACAUCACCUGAGAAGAUAUAACUGGAGGGGUCCAGUGGGAAGAUGGUGUGUCGGAUAGAAGAGCCAGCCAGAGGGACCUUUUAGAGGACCAGACGUCCACACGCAGGCCAUGGCUGUUUUCGUUACCUUCACCUCCCUCACCCUCCUCCUCCUCCUCUUCAUAAACCCUUUACCUGCCCAAGUCAUCACCGGGUCCUUUGGUCUCCUCGACCCCCCGGCAGGCGACCCCUCGCCGCUUCCCCUGAACCAGACUGUGCGGCUCUCCUUCCCUCCCAGGGGUCGCAGCGAUGUGCCUGUCAGACGUCCAAUGCGGGAGAAGUCUGCGACCCCUCAAAUGCCACACACAGCAGAGAUGUCGGAUAGCACCAAGGACUUAUCAGAAGGGCAAAGACUGCCAGACCCCACUAUACACUCAGACACUUUUUCCAUAUCUACCCUAUCCAGCAUGAACCUCAGCAGCAGGCCGGUCCGUGCUCGGCCAACUGGCUCCAGACCAAGGACCGACACCGCCAGCAUGGGCCUCAGCAGAGCAUCCUCAACGAGGGAGGCGUGGACAAAAGGGCCCCGCCCGACUGUGAUCUCCACGCCCUUAAAUGAAGUGAUUGACUCUGCAGGGUCGGAGCUGGUCAAGGAUGGCAGAGUGGGGAACGGGAGGAAUAAUGAUGGGCAGGAGGUGGGCUCAGUCAGUUCACCAACAACGCUACUCUUGAGAGGGGAGCCACUAGUUUCUUCGGUGACCGUUGGCAACGAAGUAAGCAGGUUCUGGCCGGAGGCGCAGUCUACGGCCGUGGGAGGUUUGUCGCCUGAAAAUGCUGACAUAAAGCCGCUGCCGGACGCCAACCAGACUGAGGAACCCCGCCUGUUGCCCCUGACAACCAGGACUAGCAUCUCCACCACCCCAUCACCGAAGAUCCGGGUGACGUUCCCACCCACAAUGAAGCCAACCAGUCCUCAGACUGGGACGUUAUCAGCAUUCAACAUUCCAACCCCAAACAGAACUAAAGGGACCACAAAAGAUUAUGCGACAGUCAGACCAGCAAGAACCCCUCUCUUUAAGCACCCAGUGGCAGUAGGGACUCUGGUUCCUGCCCAUAGCCAGACCAAUCCAACACCCGAGGCCAUCACACAGGAGAAAACGACCAUAACUGCAUCAAAAACUAAUGAUAUUAUCCAGGAAGCAACGCAGACAUCCUCCAAAACAACUAGUCCGCCUCCAACAAAAGCAACAACAGAAUCCACACACACAGCCCUGACAACAGUCAAGACAGUGAUGACUUCCAUCACUGCUACUACUUUCGGGACAGUUGGCCGAGGAAGCUUUGACCCCAUCCACCAGCCUGAUAUCGUUCAGAGGAAUCGCUCUGUGGCACCUGUGCACCGCCAUCGAGCUCCCACUGCUCCACCUGCCAAUCCCACCCCAUCUCCCAGCAUAAUUUCCUCCCCUAACAGCACGCGUCUCCACUGGGACGACCUGAAGCGUACGCUGGCCUUCGCCUGGGACCUCCACGUCUACGGCUCCGCCAGCCUCUUCCUCCUUCUUUUAGCUGGAGCCGCCCUGGGCCUCAUGCUGUCCCCCCGCACGGACUGCCCUCACCGGGGGGCCCUGGUUCUGGCCAACGCCCUCCUCCUCCUGGUGGGAGGGAUCCGGGCGGCUUUCUUUCUCCUCGAUCCGUACGGCACGCGUCACUCGCUGCCUCGCGCGGCGGUGAUCGCCCUGUACAACCUGCCGCUGCACAUGUUGGUGUGGGCGCAGGCCGCCAUGGCUCUGCUCGCCCUGAGGGUGGCGGCAGUGAGCGUGCUCCCCGCGCCCUUGGAGCGACCUCCUCUGGUGGCCGUGUUGGCUGUGCUGCAGUGCACCCUGCUGCUGGCUGCUGACCUGCUCUCCCCUGCUCUGUCCCCCGUGGUGCCCGUCACCCUGCAGGUCCUCUCCCUUGGCUGGGGCCUCAUCGUCUGCCUGGGCUUCCUCUGCUAUGUCUUCCCGCGUAUCCGCUGCCCGGUUCCACCUAUUCCGGGAGGUGUGGAGGAAGCCGGGAGGACGGCCUGGACUGGAAGCAGGAGGACAGGGCUGAUCCUGGGCAGAGUGCUGGCUGUGUGCGCCCUGUUGGGGGCGCUGUGUUGUGGUCUACACGUCUAUGCCACCGUUUGGCUCUACGGACUCCUGAGGAACUCGAAGCACUUCACUUGGUGCUGGUGGCUCGUGCAUUUCUGGGCCCGGCUGCUGGAGCUGGCCUGGGGGUUCUCUCUGCUGCUGCUGGCCUCCUGGGUGUUCUGGAAGCCCGAGGGCGCUCAGGGAAGGGACGAAGGAGGAGCUGGAGACGGAACAGCAGGGGAACAGACAUCCCCUUGCCAUUCUGCACCCACCACUAACAAGCACACCUGCUGGUCCAAGAUCGUGCAGAGCCUGAAGGGAAAGCCCUACAAGAAGUCUGACAGUAAUGGGGUUGGGAGAGGAGGAGGCGGUGGAGGGGGAGGGGGAGGGCCUGGGGAAUUGCCUAAUAAUUGGGCUGGACAGGAGCGGCCUGGCGCUGACAUCAGCAAGAGUCUGAUCCGGAACCAGAACCACGAGCUAGCCAGUGCUCAGCAGCGCUGCGUCAAAGACAGCAACCGUGGGCGCAACCAGCGGGGUGUGUCUGCGGAGCGGGGCAUGUCCGACGGCUCCACGGGAUCCCUGCUGAGACUGCAGGCGCUGGGCCGCCCCCCCCAGCGCUCCCUCAGCGGCAGCCUGGACACGGACAAGGACACGGGGGUCUCCCUGUACGAGUUUGACCUGAGGCCGCCCUCUCCCAUCGAUCUGACCCGCAGCAUCGACGCGGCCCUUCACAGGGAGCACCUGCUGGGGGGAGGGAGCCUCUUCCUGCCCUUCGCCACGCCCUCCCCAGCCCCAUCCCCAGGCUCGGGGAACAGCCAGGGCCCCUGGCUCCGCAGGAACAGCGAUCCCCAGAUGCUGUCUGAGAGCAGCGAUACAGAGUCUUCCAUGCCGCUCGGGGGCAGCAUCAUCAGCAGCGUCCCCAGCAGGCAGGUGACGGCCCCGCCGACUCCGUCCCACCAGGGUCACCGGUGGGGGGGCGGGGGGGCCGUGGGGAGCGUGCCCUCCUCGGUGUCCUGUCCGGUGUCACUGCGUCCCUCCAGGACCUCCACGGGGCACCUGGGGGAGGAGGGCGGCGACGACACGCGGCCCUUCAUCACACCAGACUCGGAGGGCGUGGGCGGCCGGCCCGGCAGGCCUGGGAGGCCUGGGAGGCAGGGGGCGUCGCGGAGUUACCUGGAGGUGAGCCGACAGGACGACUCAGCCAGCGUCAGCAGUGAAAUUAUUGACCUCUAACCUUCAGGCGACCGCACAGGACCGCCAUCAUGAAUAAGUACUGUUGUUGGUUGAGGACAACGCAAAUAAUUCAACGCAGAGGUUUAUUGUUUGUCUCUUCUAAAGAGUAAUUAUUUUAUUUGGGAAUCACAUCAAAUGGACAUUGACCCCCAAACAACUCUAUCAACGUCUCUUUUUGCCUUUUUGCAAAAGAAAGAUUCUAAUAGUUAAUAACGGAUGUGUAAAAGAUGUGUGUGAAUAUUGCGUAGACCGACAAAUAAACCAAACCUUUGUUCUGUUGCUCUUA